GGCUGGUGAAUGGCCCCAUGACGUACUGACUGAGGUUUCGUUGCAUCAAGAUGGGGCCCUGGCUAGAGUACAAGAACACUGUGCGCAUCGCACUGGCACGUUGCCAUAACCACGAACAGUUCAGUCUUUUGUGGCGUUCAAACACUUCCCGCGAGUCACUAGGUUACAUGAUUUUCUUUGAUCAAUCAGAUGCUCAUCCCUCAAAUCUCACUUCGGCGAUUCUCGAACGACCCCAUAUGGUGGCCAGCCGUCAAUGAGAAUCUUAUCAUCAGCUAUUUUAUAGUUGCCGCCUGUGCUGCGGUAAUGUACGAUUGGGGACUAACGUUCGGACAAGAGGUGGAACUGGUUUGGAAGCAACGCUGGUUCCUGAUAACUGUUUUGUAUCUCGUUGCACGAUAUGUUGCAAUAGGAUUUGUUGUGAUGAAUGUCUUGAUCAGUGUUCCAACAAUUUCGACAACAGAUGCAGUGAGCCUUAUCAUAUACAACGUACUUACUUGGAUGGGUGAGAUUGUAAAUGCAAUACUGGGUGCCAUCAUGAUAAUUCGGUUGCAUGUCAUGUAUCAGCAAUCUAGAAAGGUGCUGACAUUUCUUGUCGUCAUAUUUCUGGCCAUCAGAAUUGCCAGUGCAGUGAUCAUUGCAAUAAUGACGGUGCAGAUUUCAGCAGCACCAGAAGAACUCCUUCUCUCCGGUACACAUCAGUGCAUGAUUGACUAUGCGGGAGAUUCCAUAUUUCUUGUUUCCAUGACUUGGAUACUUGGCACUGUAUGGGAGGUCAUUGCACUGUGUCUCGCGGUCUGGAUUGCUGUAAAGCACUUCCGUGAACUGCGAAGAGACUCAAGAACAGGUCCUGUCAGGGACUGUUUGACGGUGUUAAUACAAACUCAUGUUAUUUACUUUGCGAGUUUUUUGGCUGCUUCUUGCUUCCAGAUCGGUUUAUUCUCUUCGACGCUCUCAAUUGACAUAUAUUCCCUGGACACUCAGAUCUAUAUUGGUUUCGCUCAAAUCUUCGAGAUAGCGCAGCUGUCUGUGCUGGGACCACGCCUCAUCCUCAGCGUUCGAGAAAAUCACGCCAAGCUCGUGGCCGACCCUGAUACAACAAGCGCUAUGACUUCAAUGAUUGUUUUCCAGGAGAGCGCCCAUGUGGAAACUAGCAGUAGCGUAUAGCGCAGAGCAUUCUCAAUAUGGUUGUUUGCAUAGUCUGCAGGGAGUG